CCAGGAGUUACCAUAUGAUGUCGUUUCUUUGUAAUAGUGGGCCAGCCUCGCUUUAAGCCAUGUGAUACCCCUCUGUUUCCAGCAAGGCUGCGCUGAAGCACACGGACGCUAUACUUCCAAAGGAAACAGAGCUCUGGCAUAGCGGCUGCUUUCCAGCAGGAGCAGAAUGAUCCUCCACUGAACAGGGUCUCGCUUAUGUAUGCGGGAGCAGGGGGAGAGACGGACAGCCUCGCAGUCUCCCCCAUAGAUCUGGCAUGAUAUAAAAAAAAGAAAAGGUGGAACUGAGCAGCCUUGUAAAUAUUAGCCGGUUUACUGACAGAGAAGCGGCUUCUGCUGUGAGAGCUCAGCCUGCACGCUGGCAGGAUUGGAGACUGAGCGGGAGACAGAGGGAAAGUGAAGAGUUUUCCUCAAACCCCAACUGGAACUUGUGGAAUUCCCCGUUUCAGAGGAAUGGAUGGAUUUAAGACUAUGUGCUAAAUUAUUUUGAUGUACACUGUCUGCUUUCCUGCUCCUGGCUGGGUUACUCAGAUGUGGUCAGUCAUGUCCUGGUUGCUUUGCUUGUGGAUUAGUGUGAGCUCUAUGCUGAUGUGUCACGCCAGUCUGUACGACACACUCCAGCAACACCGCAUGACCCGACCAGGAAUAAACACCAUUCAGAUCUUGGAAGGAGGUACAUGUGAGGUCAUUGCUGCUCACAGGUGCUGCAACAAAAACCGAAUUGAGGAGCGAUCCCAGACGGUGAAGUGCUCCUGUCUUCCUGGCAAAGUAGCAGGAACAACAAGGAACAAGCCUUCCUGUGUCGAUGCGUCCAUCGUGAUUGGGAAGUGGUGGUGUGAGAUGGAGCCCUGUCUGGAGGGAGAGGAGUGCAAGACUCUCCCAGACAACUCCGGCUGGAUGUGCUCAUCUGGUAACAAGAUCAAGACCACCAGGCUAGAGAGACAAGAAGUUGAAAGGAUGUGACCAUUUUUCAGCUUUCCAAGAAAACUCAGCCAUAUACAUCCUAUUAGCUGUGAAUCUCAAGUGUGCAAAUACUGCCAGCAAGGAGAUGACCACCUGGGGAGAUUAACAAGCGGACAUAAUGAAGACAUCUUUCAAAGACAUAUGGACAAGAUCCAUCGCUGACAAGGGCUACAUAUUGCAGGUGGUCACACAAGGUCAUCAUUAAAAGACAGCAUUGAUUUUAGGGAAAAAUCCAGCUUGCCUGAGGCUAUAUUUUGCCAAGGAUUUCCCACCCAGGAUAAUAGAUUUUGAUCAACAGCUCUAUACCGGGUGUGAGUGCCCUCUGUCUUGUCCAUUUAAACUUCAUAAAUGAUAUACAGGAGUAGUGGGGCACGAUGGAACAUACAAUGGAACAUUCAAUGGAGAGAUACAUUGUUUCCUCAACUGAAGUACGCAUCUGAAUUCCAAAGCUUUAAUGUUUGGAUAGUCUCUGGGUGGACUGUUGUGGAUCUCAGCCUCUGCCCUCCGCCAGCUCUCUAACCCUGCGAGAGUGGCAAACACUCCUUGCACAAAAAAAAAACCUGUCUGGACAAUGGUCGCAUCUUGUGCUUUUCCUCCCCCGUCUGAUGGGAGCCAAAGGAACAAUGGGUCCAUGUGUAGCUCAGUCAGUGUCCUUCAGAAAGACAUUUGUGUAACGUUCUUUGUUGGCAUGUUCCGUUCAGUUCACUAGUGCUUCAUUUGUGUCCAGAGACACUGUAGAUACAUCUGUGAUCUUCAUCCCUGUGUACAGCAACAAGCGUGACUACAGACAUCAGCAACAUUCAUCCUGAGAACAAGACUAUUUCCAGUCCAGGGAUGUGCGGCACAUGCUUGAAGAAUUCCAUUUUCUUUUUUAAUUGACCAUUUGCUUUCCCUGUCUGGCCGGAGGAACAGCAGCCUGGGCUCAAGACCGGAAUGCUUUGGUUUUUUUGACAGAACAUUCAUUGUAAAAGAAAUAUACAUUGGCUAGCAUAGAUGGAAAAACACAUAUUGACUUAAGAGAUCUUAAAUCAAUGCAAACAGUAGACAAGUUCUGCUUGUUCUUGUACACUAACCUGCUUUACAAAUGGACUGAAAUGCAGUCACUUCAGCAUUGUGUCUUUUUCCAACAUUUACAGUAUCUAUAAUUUGAUGACAUGUACUGAUUUUAUCAGCCUCACUUAGGAUAUUUACAAAAGAAAAAAAAAACUGCUCCAUACUCCCAUAACAUUUACUAUUGAUGUUUUAAGUUUUAACGCCGAAGAAAACGACUGACACAAAUUUAAACUACUGCUAUUCUUUAAAUGAAAGCUGAAAAUUGACAUUUGUAAGGUGUGCAGUAAUGACAAGCAUAUCAUGAACAUUAAAAUGAGAUAUAUUACAUUCAGUUAUGGUUUGUAAUUAUUUCUGAUUUUAAUGGCAUGAUUAUUUUCCAAAAGAAUUUAUUUAAAGAUAUAUGCUCAACUGUGACCAUCACCAGGACAAGUGAUUUGAAGAUGAAAAUGAGGAUGAGUACCAUACUGACACUAAUUAAUUUAGCUUUAUGUGUUCAAUUUUCCCUGUAUGUAACUGGUGUUAGCAAAUAUUUCUUCCAGAUUGUUUGAUGAAAUUAGUCAUAAAUGAGGGGAAUUUCACACAUUUUGAUUAAUGUUUGUUAUAUGAUGUUUACUGUCGUAGAAAUCUGUAUCAAUUGAUAUCAAAUUUUUAAUUAUUUACACACCUUGUUAGACUGACAAACUGGGAACACAUGCAGGUGAAUCUUAAAUGCUAACAGAAACAAACUGUCAGUAUGCAAGUCACAUAAGCUUUACUCCCCACAGUGUUCAAAUACAAAUUGGAAAGUACAUGUCUCACAGAGGUCCAGGUUCUCAAUUCAUUGUGUGCAAAAUAGUGUUCUUAGAAUAUAUGCCACAACAAACAAGGAUGCAUAAAGUCACCUGAAUAUAAUUCAAGGAUUGCUGCCUUGAUUAUUGUUCAACAGAAACUCUCUUUUCUGGUUUUUCUUUACUGACAAAAAUGUCACAGAUAAAAGCAAUUAACAUGUGGAUAUCGUUAUAAAGCAUGCAGAGAUUGCUUCUGCUCUUGAUUUAAGAAUAUGAAUCACAGCUG